GAUUUCUCUUGCUGCGACAAACAAUUUUGCGAAAGCCCUUUCCGUUUCGUGCUCCAAAGAAGUCCAUCGCUCGGUCGUCGGACCCCGGAGUUCACGUCACCUGCGGUAUCCCUAGUCGUCACAAAAGAGAGGAAAAAGAGAUUUCUGAAUCGGGGACUCUCGAAAAAUUCCAAGAAGUGGAAGAGAAGGAGCAGUGCAGUCCAGUGUCUGUAUUGGACCCUCCAUUCGAGGACGAUGACGAUAGACAUGACAAUGACGACAUGGACGAGGACGAGCACGAGGAGGGCAGUUUUGAUCACGAAUGCAGCUAUGCCAUUGUACAAAGAGCAAAGCAGCAGCUAUUGCACAAGCUUCGUAGAUUUGAGAAAUUGGCUGGAUUAGAUCCAAUUGAGCUUGAGAAAAGAAUGUUAGAACAAGAAGAGGAUGAUGACUAUGAGCAUAAUGAUGAUGACCUAGUGGAAGAAGAUGAAAUUGAAGAUGAGCUGGAAGCAUCAUGCAGAGAAGAGAAUGUUGAUAGGUUUUUUAUGGAAGUCCUCUGCAAAUCCCACUUGCAGAGUUUGCGGCGAAUCCCAGAGGACAUGAAGAGAUUGGUUUCAGAUCUCAUCAUUGAGGAUAGAAGAGAACAGGAUGCCUUUGAUAAUAGAGAAGAGGCGGUGAAUAGGGUUUGUAAGAGGUUGGAAUCAUGGAAAGAGGUGGAAUCCAACACCAUUGACAUGAUGGUAGAGCAAGAUCUAAGAAAAGAGCUUGAAGGGUGGAACAGAAAUCAGAAGCAGGCAGGAGAGACAGCACUAGAGAUUGAGCUGGCUAUCUUUGGAUUAUUGGUUCAGGAAUUGUCUGAGGAACUAGUUUCUCUCAAUGGAAAUUGAUGGGAGCUGUGGUUACAUUCAAAUUGAAUUUUGGUACAGCUUUCUUCUUUAAUUUUUUAUUUGGUUUUCCAUUGGAGCAUAGUCUGACUUGCACUAGGAUGGAAUAGGCUAAAUAGGAAAAGACCGAAGAAGGCAAGAAAGAUGCGACUUAGAUGGUAACAGGCACUAUGUAUAUGGAGCAUGUAAGUAGUGGGGAAUGGUGUAUUUAUCCUUGCUUAAUGAAACAUGACGUGUAAGUAUAGAGUUUUUUUU